CUCAUGAUGUACUCUGCAUAUAAGUUAAAUAAGCAGGGUGACGAUAUACAGCCUUGACAGCUGUUUACAAUUGGGAGGUAGCUUUGGUUUUGUAACAGAGGUCAUAAUGACAGGGGUGAGAUGGGUUUCUUUUGCGCAUAACAGCCCCAUGAUGUGACCUGAUAUGGAAGCUCCAGGCUCUGUUCUGUUGCUCCGUUUCCCAUUGUCCAUUUUAUGGCCCACUGUGGCCACUCCAGCUCCUGCCAUCACACCCACAUUCUGGCCAUCAGGAAGAGGAAAAGUGAAGAAGACGCUGUCUUUCUCCUGAGGACACGAACCAUCCACACCUCACUGACCAGCACAGUCUCAUGGGUGCACGAGAUGCAGAGAAACAUCGUCCUUAGUCCAGCAGCCACGUGUCCAGCUGAAACGAGUUUGUUGUUGAAGCAAGAGAGACGCAUGUCCAGGGGACUAGCUGUCUCUGUCUACCCUCUCAGCACCCCUGGGGAUUUGUGACCUGGGUGAUGCCAGUGGUCCUCCUCCUCUCCUGCUCCUAACACCUUUUCUUCAGUCCCCACCCCCCCCCCACCACACUACUUGGUCCCUGUUUUUCUGGGGGAGUCACCCCUGAAUGUCCACCUCCCCCACCCCUGGCAGCCCCCAGAGUGCUGUCAUCUCUGGCAAAUUAGGGCAAGAAUUCCGAGGCAAGCUCUCAAGGGACCACCCCACGAGGUGGGUGGAUGCUUGCCGGGGGCCGUCCCUGGGCUGGUGGGCGGUGGUUUCAGCAUGCACCCCCACAUUCAGCCGGGGCCCCAACAGCACAGGCAGAUUGCACCCGGGUUCAGACUGCAUGUGGGCACCCUCAGGAGAAUAGCUUUAACUGCAGAACGCACUCAUUAAAAGUCCAGCCAGAGCCCUAAACCAGAAUGGGCCAGCCCUGCGGGCACCCUGGGAGGCAUCUGUUUAAUCAAGGAGCUCCCCGGUAUCUCUUCUCCCCUCCUCCUCCUCCUGAGUAGCGGAUUGGCAGCCUCGGGAUAAUUUUGGAAGCGUGAGUCAGGAGAAGCCUCUGAAAUAGCUGUUGCAGUAAAUACUGUGAAAAUAUUUAUGGUUAAAGCCUAAUUGGGAAAUCGCUGUUCCAGUGAGAAACGAUCCUACUGGUAUCAGUUAUCGACGGCAGUCGAUUUUGCUGCUGACAGCGUGCCCACGUCCCUGACCUGUCAAUAGCCCUGUUUUGUUUCACUGAAGCCCCAGGCCGUGUUCAUGUACUGUCUAUCUGGCGCCUUGGGUUUGGACUGGAAAGCUCCCGGGAGGGGAUCGCUCCUGCCCUGAGUAUGCAGGGCCCCAGAGGUGUUAGGGCAGGUGGGCGCAGAGCAGAAGUCAGGCUGGGAAGCGGAGGGAAGGGGGCCUGACGGUGCUCCUCCUCCCGAGCUCGUCCCUUGGGGAUCACGUGCAUCUUCUCGUCUGAACCCCAAACCCCGUUUUCUAAGAUUCCCCCCACCAUCUUAUGACCUCUACUGAGGCCAGGAGCCACAUCCCCUCUCUACUUGUCUUGACAGUUGUAGCUGUAAGAUGAUCUCAAGGUUGUGGUCUGAUCCCAUGUUAGCACGGGGACUUUUCACAGCGCAGGAAGUCAGAACUCCGCCCUCCUCUGGCAGAGAGGAGCACGUAACUUGUUUUGUUAACUUGCAGCAGUUAAGGGCCAUAGAAACUCUUUAACUGCCCGUCACCGUUACUGCCUUCCUCCCUGGCACUGGUGGCAGAGGGGGGUGUGUGUGUCCGUGGGCACAGACUCCCCCGCUGUUCAUCACCGCCCUUUGCUCACAGGUGGCGCUCACCUGUCCUCAGCCCGCUUCCAGGCUGGGGGACGCUGGGCCCGUCUUGGACUCGGCAGGGAUGCACACUGACUGCGAGUUACAGAAGCAGACCGACCUCCGGGUCGGGGGAAACCCCAGGCCUCAGAAGGCAUCUUAGGACAGAGCACAUCUCCAUUGGGUGGUGGGGAGACUGAGGCAAGUGGAGGGGACAGGAGGCUUCUUUCUUACGAGACGGAAACAGCAGGCUGUUUCUAUACAGCCUGGUGGCCCUUUAAGCAGAAGCAUGGAUGACGUUGCCGUUACAGACCCCCCCGUGACAUUCUGGUGCUGAGUCAGAACAGCAUCAAACAGGAAGACAGCGUCUGUUGGAAGAGUAUCAAGAUCCCCUUGUUCUGAUUUUAGAUUUGGAAAUAGGAGCCCAUCAGCCGUGAGUCCCGCACGGCGGUGCCGCCCUGCCUGCCGCGGGCAGGGCUCUGCCUUCACGGCCACCCACAGCCCUCUCUGCUCUGUGUCUCUGGAAGGAUCUGCACCGGCCAGUCAAGCCAGUUGGAGCUCCUGACAUCCUUUGUGACAUGCAGGCAGUGGCUGUGAGCGUAGAUGCUUGCACUGUUGAGUCAUGUAGGGAGAGGUGCACCUUGCGCUUCCCCAGCACGGCGAUAAAGAUCCAGUUCACGUCGCUAUACCACCAGGAGGAGGCCCCCACGUCCCCGCUGCGGCCGCUCUACCCGCAGAUCUCCCCGCUGAAGAUCCACAUCCCGGAGCCGGACCUCCGGAGCCUGGUCAGCCCCAUCCCUUCCCCGACCGGCACCAUCAGUGUCCCCAACUCCUGCCCAGCUAGCCCCCGAGGGGCCGGCUCCUCCAGCUACCGCUCCGUCCAGAACGUGACCUCCGACCUGCAGCUGGCCGCAGAGUUCGCCGCGAGGGCCGCCUCUGAGCAGCAGGCCGACACGUCCGGAGGGGACAGCCCCAAGGUCUCAGCCCUGGGCGCACUGGCUGGUGCCCGGCGGGUGCAGGAUGAGUCGAAGCCGCCAUACUCGUACGCUCAGCUCAUCGUGCAGGCCAUCUCAUCCGCGCAGGACCGGCAGCUGACUCUGAGCGGAAUCUACGCACACAUCACCAAGCAUUACCCUUACUACCGCACGGCCGACAAGGGCUGGCAGAACUCCAUCCGCCACAACCUCUCCCUGAACCGCUACUUCAUCAAGGUCCCUCGCUCCCAGGAGGAGCCCGGGAAGGGAUCCUUUUGGCGGAUAGACCCUGCUUCAGAGGCCAAGCUGGUGGAGCAGGCGUUCCGGAAACGGAGGCAGCGGGGCGUCUCCUGCUUUCGCACCCCCUUUGGGCCGCUGUCGUCCAGGAGCGCCCCGGCUUCACCCACCCACCCUGGGCUGAUGUCCCCGCGUUCCAGUGGCCUGCAGACUCCAGAGUGCCUGUCCCGGGAGGGCUCGCCCAUUCCACACGACCCUGACUUUGGGGCCAAGUUAACUUCUGUUCCCGAGUACCGCUAUUCCCAAAGUGCACCCGGCUCUCCGGUCAGUGCCCAACCGGUGAUUAUGGCCGUGCCGCCCCGGCCGCCCAGCCUGGUGGCCAAGCCCGUCGCCUAUGUGCCGGCUUCCAUAGUGACGGCCCAGCAGCCCUCGGGCCACGCCAUCCACGUGGUGCAGCAGGCGCCCCCAGUCACCAUGCUCAGGGUGGUCACCACCUCCGCCAGCUCCGCCAACGGAUACAUUCUUGCCAGCCAGGCCGCGGCGGGGGGCGCCCACGAGGCAGCGGGCACAGCCGUGCUGGACCUGGGCGGCGAAGCGAGAGGCUUGGAAGAGAAGCCCACCAUCGCACUCGCCACCAUCCCCGCCGCCAGCCGGGUGAUCCAGACGGUGGCCAGCCAGAUGGCCCCGGGGGUCCCCGGACACACGGUCGCCAUCCUGCAGCCAGCCACGCCAGUGACCCUGGGGCAGCACCACCUCCCAGUCCGGGCCGUCACUCAGAACGGCAAGCACGCCGUCCCCACAAGCAGCCUCGCCGGCAACGCUUACGCCCUCACCAGCCCUCUGCAGCUCCUCGCGGCCCAGGCUAGCUCAUCCACACCGGUGGUGGUCACACGUGUGUGCGAGGUAGGGCCCGAGGAGCCAGCGGCAGCCACCAGCACGGCGCCCCCCACCGCCGCCUCCGCCUCCCCCACCGGAGAGCCCGAGGUCAAGAGGUCCCGAGUGGAGGAGCCUGUGGGGACUGUGACCGCACAGGCCGGUGUGAUGGCAGCCGCCGGCGCGCAGGGCCCCGGGACCGGGGAGUGACGUUGCGGCGUGGAGGUGGAGUGGGACACACGCCAGACGGAGCUCCGUGGCCGGACCAGGGCGGCUGACCCCGCCGCCCCUGGGACUGAGACUGGAAAGCUCCCAGCGGGCCGAGUGCAGGGCCCCACGGGCGGGACACCUCCACCCGCCCGCACCCAGACACCCGUCCUCCUGCCCCCGAUCUGGAGUCAAACAAAAACACAUAAACGUGUUCAGACGGCUGAUUGUACGAUUCUGGAAUUCUCUGUCUUCGUUUCCUUCUCCCCUCUGCCAGCACCGCCUUUUCUCCCCAGGCCUUUCGCCAAGGGCGUGGGGAGAAGGUCGCAGCCCAGCGUCUCCGGGAACAUGUCCAGGCGGCCCGGCCCGGCACAGAAGCCAGGCUCCAGGGGUACCUUCACCCCCAGACGGGAUGGAAGCACAGGCCGGGGGCACCAGCCCUGUCUGUAAGAGACAGGACCCAGGCGAGAGAGACGCAGAGCUGCCAGCUGUCAGACCGUCCCGUCGCUGCUGCUUCUAAAGUGACACCGAAAGUGUCUGCGUUCGCUGGAUGGACGGGAGGGGUCUGGUCUGGCUUUGAGCCCCACGUGUUUCCGGUUUUGUUGAAAGGCGGAAUCGAGGCUUCACUGACGGCCUGAGACAGACACAGAAGGGAUCGCCCAUUCCUGAGGUUUCCACCCGAAGACGCUCUAACAGCUGGGUGUCUGGGUCUUCCCGGCAUUGGUCCCCACAGAGUGAACUCUUGCCGCUCCGUCUGCUAACUUCAAGGAAGACCGACAGCCUCCUGGACUGGCGCUCAAGGCAGAGAGCUGUUUGGAUGAGAGGCCCACCUGCAGCGUCCACCCUCAUCCCGGCCACACCAGGUUGCUGGGGGCGGAAGGACGUGGCCGCCCCUGCGGGAGAAUGGUCACGCUGAGUGGCCCCGUUUCCUGGUUGCUCUGACGUCCGGGGGCCCUGCGGCUGCCCGCCCAGCCUCCUCACCAGCUGCCAGGGUCUCUACCGCCCGACAGCCUGCCUGCCGUGACCGACCAGAACUGGCUCUGCGGCCCAUGGCGCCGGAGGCCCCAGGCUGGGCCCACAGCCCUCGCCAGCUCAGGGGCCCUCAGGGGGCCUCGGGCAGAGCAGGGCGCCCCCGGUCCUUCACAUCUCCGGAGAGCACUCUCAGGAAACGUUCAGUGUGUCUCUGCGAAGAGUGGCUUAGGGCUGGCCUGGUGUCGGCCCUGCCCUGGGGGUCCCCACGGACAUGGGCUCCCCGCUUCCAAAUCGCCACCACAGCCGCAGGGGCAGGCGUGCGGGCUGCUUGCGCCGCCAAGCUUGUCCCCAGGCGCCCCACGGGGACCAGUGUGGAGUGUCCUUCCUCCAGGCUGGUGCCCACUCAGCCUGCAGGCCAGGUGCGUCCGUGCCACUGACCCUCAUCCUACGUCGUGGCCAUGGUGCCCCGGUGAGGUCAGAGACAGGAGGACGGGUGCCAGGCUCUGCACCCACACCGCCCUGGCGUUCUCUAUGGCUUCCCGUCUGGUGUGAGUGCAGAGCGUGAGACUGAGUGGGUCGAGACGGGCAUCCAGGCACCACCAGGCUGGCUCCACAGGUCCUGGGCAGGGCUGGGGGGCCAUCGUCUCUUUCUCUUCCGUCGCUGCUCAGCCCUGGGGCUGCGCGGGUCUCGCUCAGAUGCCUUCUUGCUCACAGACUGUCCUCUGCGCCACAGCUCGCCUCCCCCAGAGACAGAUGCCAGGCCGGCUGGCCAGAGGACACACCCAGCCCCAUCCCCUCUGCCUGGCCCGACCAGUCUGGCCCGACCUUGUGUUCUCCUGACUUCCAAGGCAUUUUGGUUGCUGUAUGUUACCGUGGACUCCCUCACGGUUCUAUCCUGGCAGUGGUUCAGGGAGAAAGGAGCAGAGGGGGGUCUGUGGCUGGAACUGGGAGGGAGACGGGACGGGGUGUCCUCAGUGACGCUCUGCCACGUGCCGAGCGCAUGCCUUUUUAGCUCCUUCUGGUCAGAAGGAACCCCGUGGGGCCAGGUUCAGGGGACCAGCCAUUCCAGGUUCCUGGUGAGCCUCUGGGUGGGCUUUUGGUCAUCUCCCCAGAGAGCUCGUGGUACCCGCCAGCACUUGUCCUGAGACCAAAAGGCCAGGAGUGGGCAGCUCCCCAGGGAAGCUGCUGCUGUAGCCGGAAAGAUCUCUGGUGUCCUCGGAGCCCCCUGAGCCAUGGGGCCACACCCACCCCGCCACACCCGUCUGCAGGAGCCGGAGCAGCCAGGAGAACCGGCGGCUGUGGUCUUCCACAUGCCCGGGUUGUGGCACAUGGAUCAACCCACCCGAGGCUGGGAAAUAAAAAGGCAACCUGGCCUGGCGCUGGGGCCACGGCCGCCUCGGGCCACCCAGGGGCUGGACUCCGCAGAGGGUCGGCUGGGCGGGUGCGCUUAGGCCGUCGUCACGGCCACUCACUCUCCAUCCAGAUGCCAGGCCCGCCUGUCCAGCUGUACUCGACCUUUACCAGCGCCAGAUACAGGAGGGCGCCGCUCUGCAUGGCGGGGCGUCAUGGAAAUCCCUGCCCUACCCCGCUGAGCGUCCUCCUCUCCGGCCAGUGUCACCCUCUCGCGGGCCUGUCGUGGACGCUGAGUGUCCCUUGCCCGCCACCUGCAUCUCUAUGUGAAGCUCUGGGUCGCCUGACGCUGUCGAGCAGAGCCUGUGGUCGGGGUUCAGACCAUCUGUCCUUCCUCCCACCCCCCUGAGAUCCCCUGUGAGGUCGGAGUAGCACUAGGGGAGCCCCCAGGCUGGACAUCGUCACCUCCUACUCCCUCUGCUGCGGGGACCCUCAGGCUCUUUCUGCCGCCUGGUUGGCUUACUUUCACAGUUUGCUGUUUGUGGGAGGUUGUUUUUUCUGCUUCAGAAUUAAGCCAAAUGGAGAAGGUGAAAAGUGGACUUCUGAGCUGCUAAUCAACAUGCAUUGGUGAUUCUCAGGCAGGAGGGGGUGGGCUUGUUGGGGUCACCAGGCUGCUGGCUGCUUAUCCGGACCCUGCUGGGCCUGGAGGGAGACUGGUUUAGGUCACAGCAGGCCUUGUUCGGCUGGCGCGCUGACUUCCCCUAAAGAAAGGUCUGCCUGGACCAGUCAGAGUGAGCUGCCCGGCUCCCGGGUGCGUCCCAAGGUCUCUAGACAGAAACUCCUUCGCUGGCCCCUUGAAAUUCAGGAGGAGACAGAAACUUUUGGCUUUUUUCCUUUGGUCAGUUUCUUCCUUUUUGGAGGCAAAGAAAAGACCAAACGUCAGCGUGUGUUAGAGAAGAGGGUCCUUCGCGCGGCUCCUUUAGGGUUUAGACUGAGGGGCGGUUGAGGCCGGAGAAGGAGCUGUCUUCUUCCCAAGCCCCAGGUUCUGCUUUGCCCUGAGACGGCUUCGUCUGGGAUGGGGUGAUGCCGAGCCCCCGGGAACCAGCCUCGGGCGCCGCCAAGCUCACAGCUGCCCCUCAGGCUUCGGUGCAAGAAGGAAUGGACGGAGCUGCUAGGCAGGCCCCGGGGCAGUUGGGGGGCGAUGCCAGUGGGAGCCCCGCCCUCGCGGCCAGCUGCUCAAGGCCGCCCUCCGGGAUACCUCUGCCCAGGAGCGAAGUGACCUCCCGCGCCUCGUUUAUGUUAUUCACACGUGCUGCUACGAGGCGGGGAUGGAGCCCAGAAGGACGGAGGCUGUCUGGGGAGGGGAGCAGCAGCGGCUUCUGUCCGCGGCCCUCAGGCUGCUCUCACGCGUUUCAUGAACUCCUCUCAUCUCACUCGUCCCUUCCUCCAGGCUUGUCUCCAUCGCGCGGACCCGCCCUUCCCGCCGGGGCCCGGUCUCUUGCCUCUUCUCUUACCCCCAGAAGCUGCUCCCCCCUGGGUCUAAGGGCUGGUCUGGGCCUUCAGUCACCACGUAGCCUCUGGGGAGGCCUCAUCUGACCGUGAGGGGCCCACCCGGAGUCACAGCUGCACUGUGUUUGACACACCGCGAGCGUCUGCUCUGAGUGGAAACAGAAAGUGGGCCCGUUGGCUGAGUGUGCUUAGGGAAAGUAGUUUUGCUCUUCUGCUGAGAAGAACGGUCACUUGCCGAGUCUUCAGUGCCCCCCCCACCCCCAGCAUCACCGGGUUGUCUGGGCGUCCCUGUGGAAGGCCUGUCCUCUGGACUCGGGCCGUGGCUCAGCUCUGCCCCAGCCCACGGAGUCAUCCCCUCCUGCCCUCAUCCCCGGGGACACAGGACUCAGCAGAGGAGAGAGGUUGGAAGGGUUCAUGUCCCUGGGUUUGACAAGACCCCCCUCUGUCCCCAUCACGUCCGAGUGAAUGUCCCAGCAGCCGCCAUGAGAGGUCUGUUUGCAAAACUUGCCCUGCCUCCACCCCCAGCUGCAGGCCUGGCCCCGCCCAGUGACCCUGCCCACCGCCCGGUGACAGGAGGCCUCCUGCGGGCUCAGCGCUGACCAGGAGGGACGUCUGUGCUGUGUCUUCACGGGGUCCCGAGGUGAUUUCUUCAAGUAGGCAAGCCUCAGGGUGUUCAGCGUCUCUUCCUCUCUCUCAGUGUUCUAGAAAAGACUGAGGGCUGCAGACUCUUUCUAGGCAUCUUUCUUUCCCUCCAGGUAAGAAUCUUACUCAGAGGAUUUCCUUCAUUCCUUGGACCUGCUUGUCAUGCUGGAAGCAACUGGGUACAGGUUCCUGAGAAGACGAGUUUGGGAGGGGGAGGCGGGGAGCUGCAGCAGACGGGCUUCUUUCUCUGCUUCAGUUGAUGGGCUGAACACUGGCUACAUGGGACCCCUCACCCCUGCCCCGGCUCUGAUGAGCCAGGGGGUCUUCAGGUUACACCCUCCAUCACCCUUUUGCUUCCAAGGGAGACAAGAGGUCUCCAAGCUAUUCUCCCUCUCUUUCCCCAGAUCUGUUAAGAGUCAAAAUAGAAUUGGAAGAAUUCUAGUUCAUUAUUCUUUGUUUGAGAUCCUUUUUGUGCAAUCAGUGGCUCAUUGGACUCAUCCAAAUAUUUAUUGGUGGUUCACUCCGCAUGAGAAACAGUAAGAAGUGCAGAGGAGUCCAGACCGGAGAGGGAUGUGGCUGUUCAACACUGUGACCCCCCUGGGCUACCAUCGUGUUGGUCCCACUCACUAAAGAUUCCAUGCUGCUCAUGUGAAGGUUUUUCUUAGUUGCUGGUAGCUCAGCUGGUAAAGAAUCCGCCUGCAAUGCAGGAGACCUGGGUUUGAUCCCUGGGUUGGGAAGAUCCCCCGGAGAAGGGAAAGGCUACCCACUCCAGUUUUCUGGCCUGGAGAAUUCUGUGGACUGUAUAGUUCAUGGGGUAACAAGGUCGGACAUGACUGAGCGACUUUCACUCAUUUACUUACUUUCUUAGCUGCAGUGAUAAGACUGGCCCCUCUCAAGCUGUUGCCAUGACCCCCAAGGAAUGCUAUGAGCCGUCCCCAAAUUCUGAGCAUAUUGGCUGAGCUGGAAUGAGGCCUGUGAACCUGAAAUGGAUUUCUAGUGCAUGAAGUUAACUGGCCAAAACGCUAUGGAACUACACCUAUGGCUUCUUAAGACCUUCACCUCUAAAUUUCUGAGUUAAGUUAUCCAAAAAAAAAAAAUUUUAAUAAGUAAAAAUAGGAUUUAAAGUCAAAUAUUCUUAAGUCUGGCCUCUCCCAGCUUCCUUCCAGGAUGGGCUUUCUGGGUACCUGGUCAAGGGGGACUGACCCUGCUCCGUUUCUGCUUUAGGACAGGGACGAGGAGGAGAGACCAAAGUGUGUCCUUGAUUCUUGCUUAUAUUCAGACCCAGAUCCCAGGCAGCUUGGUGCACUUGGGCAAGGGAUAAACCCAGCACGGAUUGUGUUUUCUUAUCUGACUGACAAUUAGCCUGUAAAGAUCCUUCUGAGGGGGGCGGAUGUUGUUAGGGGGCAUGUCUGUGUGCAUUUUUUUUUUUUUUCAUGGUGGCCAUCUAAAGUUUUUUAGACAAUAUGUUUAAUCAUCAGUGCUUUAAAAAAGUGGCGGUAUCCUGUAGAGUGGGAAUUGGGCUCCGUGGCGUGUUUGGUGGGAGGCUGAAGUCGCAUGGUGUUACCGUGGUUCACCAUCCGCAUGUGGGCUCUGGCCUCUGGGGCACCCAGGCAUACACCCCAGCACCUGGGCAGGGCGGGGGAGGGGUGCAAGUAGGGGGGACCCGCCUUAGCUAGGCCGGCCUGCGUUUUCAUUUCAAAUGGGAUACAGUAUUUUUUUUUUAAUAAGGAGCCAUACCUUUUUUAAAAAAAAGUUUGAGAUCUGAAUGUGAUUUCUAAUUGUAACAGACGUUAAUGUUUUAAAGCUAUAACAAAGUUUAAAAUUUCUACCUUUUUUUUUUUCAUUUAACUGUUCUUUUAUCUAUUAAAUUGUUGUAUGUGGACGGGGAAGUUUUGUCUUUCCUCUUAGCAUUUGUUUCUAUAACCAGAAAUAAAAUUAUAUAUUAAAGAAACAA